CCUGUGGCCAGUGAGUGUGGUGAGUGUGUGUGUGUGUGUUCAUGUGUGCGCGUGUGUAAGUGCAAGUUGUAAAUUGCAUCAACGCUAAAUUUCAUUUCACUAUAAAAAGAAGAGGAGCCCCAACGAGAAGAGUGUGAAGGAUUUUCCUCGAGUGAAUUCCUUGCACCCCCGCAGUCAGUCAGUCAUUCCGUCACUCAGUCACAGUAGCAGCAGCAACAAAAUGAAGCUAGACCUGAACCUGGACCGCGACAAGGGCCUGGAGCUGUUCGGCAAGUUCAUACGCACGAAGAACGUGGACUCGCUGCAGGGCGGCGAGUCCCAGCAGUCCAAGUCCGGCUCGAAGCAGAAGCUCGAGAAGUGCCUGACGACCCUCGACCUCACGUCGCUCGGGGUGGGCUCGUGCGUCGGCACGGGCAUGUACCUCGUGGCGGGCAUGGUGGCGCGCGCCGUAGCCGGGCCCGGCGUCGUCGUCUCCUUCUUCAUCGCCGCGCUGGCCUCGAUCUUCUCCGGUGCCUGCUACGCCGAGUUCGGCGUGCGGGUGCCCCACACCACGGGCAGCGCCUACAUGUACAGCUACGUCACGGUGGGCGAGCUCAUCGCCUUCAUCAUCGGCUGGAACAUGAUACUCGAGUACCUGAUCGGCACCGCUGCCUGUGCCUGCGCACUGAGCGCGUGCCUGGACGCCCUCGCCGACGGGGCCAUCUCCGAGUCGAUCGGCGACACCUUCGGCACCAUAUUCGGUCGACCGCCGGACUUCGUGGCGUUCGUCAUCACGCUGCUGAUGAUGACCCUGAUGGCGGCCGGGGCUCGCAAGUCGCUGCUCUUCAACAACGUCCUCAACGCCGUCAAUCUGUCCGUCUGGGUGUUCAUCAUGGCCGCGGGCCUGUUCUACGUCGACUCGGCCAACUGGUCCGAGCACAAGGGCUUCCUGCCCUACGGCUGGAGCGGGGUGUUCACGGGUGCUGCCACCUGCUUCUACGCGUUCAUCGGUUUCGACAUAAUCGCCACGACGGGCGAGGAGGCGACCAAUCCCAAGCGCAGCAUACCGCUGGCCAUCGUCUCGUCGCUCGUCAUCAUCCUCAUCGCCUACGUCACCAGCAGCAUGAUUCUCACCCUCAUCGUGCCGUACGACGAGGUCGAUCAGGAUUCGGCCCUCGUCGAGAUGUUCGGCCAGGUGGGCGCGUACAAGUGCAAGUACAUCGUGGCCGUGGGUGCCCUGGCCGGCCUCACCGUCUCCAUGUUUGGCAGCAUGUUCCCCAUGCCGCGUAUCGUCUACGCCAUGGCCUCGGACGGACUGAUAUUUCGCCAGCUGAGCCAGGUCUGGCCGAUGACGGGCACCCCGGUGCUCGCCACCCUGGCCUCGGGCCUCGCGGCGGCCUUCGCCGCCCUCAUAGUGCGCCUCGAGGUGCUCGUGGAGAUGAUGUCGAUCGGCACGCUGCUGGCCUACACCCUGGUGUCGACCUGCGUGCUGAUACUGCGCUACCAGCCGCACACGACCAACCUGAUGGAGCUGCUGCCGCAGAGCCUGAGAACGCCCUGCCGAUCGCCCGAGCCCGGCCAGCAGCCGCAGCAGCAGCAGCAGCCCGCGGCGUCCAAGGAGUCGAGGCCCGAUCAGUUGGGCUUCCCCGGCGCGGGCAGCUCGUCCCUGGGCUUGGGCAUCGGUGGCGGCUCCGGGGCCGGGGCCAAACAAUCGUCGGGCCCGCGUGGACAGCAGCAGCGAGUGAUGGUGCGACGCGUGAGGCGGGCCAACAGCUCGUCGCCCGAGUCCGACGACACGAGCUACGACGACGACGACGAGCUCGGCCGGGCGAUCAAGGACGACCAGUAUCUGGUGGGCGAACGCCACGAGGGCCGCUACUACGGCAGCAUGCCGCCGGGCUCGGGUUUCGGCGCGGGCGGUCCGGGUAGCGGCACCGGUGGCUGCUGCGGCAGUUUCCACUGGACGACGCUGCCCCUCGUCGGGCCGGCCGUCUGCUACCUGGCCAGAAAGUUCGAGGCGGCGCAGUACCUGUGCCCGGCGCUGUUUCCCUGGGUCGAUCGCCGACCCGCCACCGAGGAGACCGGCAAGCACGUCAUGAAGCUCGUGGGGAUUUUGUACCUGCUCAUAUUCAUCUUCGAUCUGCACAUCGUCAUCUCGAUGGGUAGCGCCGGAGGCUUUGCUAAGUUUCUUAUGUUUGUGUUUUUCUUCGCGAUAUUUGGCGUGCUGCUGCUGAUAAGCCGACAGCCGCAGAACCGGCACUCGCUCAUGUUCAAAACGCCGGCGCUGCCGUUCGUGCCGGCGAUCGCCGUCACGGUCAACAUCUAUCUCAUCUUCAAGCUCAGCAUACUCACCCUCGUACGGUUCACCCUCUGGAUGACCAUAGGCUUUCUUGUGUACUUUUAUUACGGCAUCAAGAACAGCAGCUUGGAGGUCAGCCAGGAGGACGCGGGCUUGGAACCCGGAGCCGCUGGCGGCAACAUCGAGCUGACGAUAACCAAGUCGCCGCGAGGCGGCAAGUCUUCGUCGUCGUCGUCCACGGGGGCGGUCAAGAAGCAGCAUCACCACCACCAUCACGACAGUUCAGCGACGACGACGUCGACGACGACGACCAAAGCCGAGAUAGUGACGCACGAGCCUCGAAUGGGCUCGAUCGGUCAGGCGAUCUUCGGCACGAGUUUGAGCGGCGCCGGUAGUUCGACAUCGACGACGACGCAGCAACAGACACAAUCAUCCACGGGUGGAAGCAGCAAUCCGUUGUUCGUCCCCCAGGACAGUUUUCCGACCUGGGACGACUGAAUGAUUCGCGUGAUAGUAAAAUUUUGAAUCUGCUAAUUAGGAAAAUUAAUACUAUUGCCAAAGGAGAGAGAAACAGAGAGAGAAAAAUAAAUUACAAACGCGGGGGUGGACAUUCAAACGAAACUUACCUCGUACGCGGCUAGAUGCGGAAAUUUUUAAGCGAUCGCUUUGGAUAAUUGCUCUUUUAAUUAUAUUAAUUAUACAUAUUAUAUAUAACGAUAUGAUAUAUAUAUUUUGAUCGACCGUUACAUUAACUGUAUAAUCGGUGAGUUAAAGUUGAUACAGAGAGGUAAAAAAAAAGGUACGAAGGGCGGAGCAGGGCUUCGCGGCUGAGGUAAAAAUGUAUACAAACAAAAACAACAAGAACAAGAAAAAGCUCAAACGAAUCAUAGCGUGCACGUACACGUAUAUUUGCUUUGUUCGCACGUGCGCGACAACCGAAAAAAAUGCGCUAUUCUCAGUUUUCGCUAUACAUGUCUCUGCGGGCGAAUUUUCAAGUAUUACAAAUUCGAUAGCACAUUCUAUAUCUGACUUUAUUAAAAAAAGCGCAUAUUUAUUAUAUACGUGUAUAUGAAUUUUAUGGACUGCAUCAAAACAUAUCAUUAUUAAUUAAUAUAUAUUAUCUAUGAUAUAUAUAAUAUCUGUCUGAUUAUUCGCAAUUAUCGAGAUAAAAAAAAACGCAAGCGUGGAAAAUCGGACGCUCUUCAUUCUGACUGAAAUAUAUACUGUAGUUGUGAGAUUAAAAAAGGAGUGAGAUUUUAGCGAUGAAGGAUAACAAAAUUAAAUGAAACGUUAUUAUUAUAUUAUAAACUCUUCGAUCGAUCGUGUUCGGAUCGUGCGCGCAACGAGAAUGCGUUUCUGGUGUAGUCGACAAUUAUUGAAUUCUUUAAAGUACGACUGAUACUCGCGGUCAAAUGCAAAUGGUCGAAACGUAGGUUUCGGGCAGUUUGAUUCGAUCGGAAAAUCGGCGGUAUACAUUGCGUCGCAGUGCAUUGUCGGCGUAAAAUAUGAAUGAAAAAAAAAAAAAAAACAAAACAAAAAACAAAUUUUUUAUACAAAGAUUGAUGCAACGGUGCAACGACAACGGCUCGUUCUACCGCUGACGAAAAUGAUUAUAUUUACUGUAUAUAUUACUCCGUUGUUGAAUUUUCGUUUCUAUAUCGUCUAAACUAAUAUACUAUAAUAUAUUGCAUGGUUGUCUUACCAAUAUGUGUCUCGUAUACGUCUCUCUGUAAUAUAUUUCUUCUUUUUCUGUUUUUUUUUUUAUUUUUUGUGCUUCCAUCUUUACGUGUGUGCGUCGAUUUUUCUUUUCUACUACUGAACUCGCUCGCGCGCCUGUUUUUCUUCGCCGAAUACGCGAAGACAAAAGCGCGGGGAACCUAGAUUCAUUUUUUUUGUCGCGCUUUUUGAUGCACAGAUCUUCUGUGCAAAAAUGAAUAAAUAGAGAAAAAAAGUAGUUGAGCAAAACGCGUAGCAAUAUUACCUUGUAUUGAUAUAUAGGAUUAUCUAAAAAAAAAAAGUUCAGCUUACAUCGCUGUAAUCAAUAAUAAUAUUAAAUUCGAUGGAUCAAAUAAUAGACAGAGGGCGAGAUACUAUUGAGGUCGAAGAAAAACUUAUUGAAAUAUUUAUUAGGUGAUGCAAAUGACCAUAUUAAUGUUAAACAAGAAUAAAAAAACUAUAUCCAUCAUUUUUUCGUAUUCUUAUAUAUAAUAUACAACACAUACGCGCACAUUAAUUAAUCCUAUUAUAUCUCGCGAAACACAAAGGAGAGCAAAAAUAAACGACGAGGGUAUUUUAAAAGCUCGCGGAUUAUCUACGGUUAUAAUACGUGUAAUAUCCUAUUUAUGCAUUUCCUGUGGAGAAAACUAUACACUACGUACGUUCCUUCCGUGACCGAGUAAAAAACCUUAAUUUUUAAUCUCGUGUAAAUAUCCAUUGUGAAAACUUUUCUCGCGAGCCGUCAGCAGAUUUUUCAUGAAUAAUUGUAAUACGCGUCGGAUGGAAUAAUAUAACAAAUUUACUUGCGCGCCGCGUCCGGGUUAGUUUGUGUAUGUAUAAAAAAGAAAGGAAAACAAGAAUAGAAACGAGGAAACUUAUUUUUUUUAAAUCACGCAAAGUAUAUCGUAUAUUUUUGGUGCUUCCUUCAAACUCCUGCCACGGAUUUCAGUAAUCGUUGAUUUGUUGACGUGAAGAUAAAUGAAAAAAAAUAAAGGAGAAGAAGAAAGACUCGUACGCUUCGGUCUUGAAACUGCAUCCGUUAAAAUAUCAAUUUUUUUGAAUAUCCGAUUAUCACACACUGCAUACCAGAAUGUAUAAUAGUAAUGAGAGAGAGAAAAAGUAAGAAAAAAACGAAACUAUGUAAAAGUAUUACAUUGUUAUGAAAUUUGAAUGAGAUUAUAACUAUAAAAUUUGUUGCUCGUGAAUUUUCAAAUGAUUCUAUAUUCUAGUCGUAAGUUGAUCUAGCCAAGUAAGGAAAAUUAAAACAUAAUUCAGAAAUUAUAGCGUUUAUCAAUUUUAAUUAUAUGAAAAAAAGUAUAAUUGGCGUUCGUUUUUUGCCGCGAAGUGAGAGUAAUAUUAGACAGACGUAAGAAAAUAAAUAAUAAUAAAAAAAAAGUUCAUUCCUUAAUUGCUGUGAAUAAUGUAGUGCCUGUAUCGCCAGACGCUAUUACAUAAAUAGUCAAAAACGUUUUAGAGUUUCUCGAGUCCAUCGCGCGUCAUCGUCAUUAUUAGCGGAACAUAAUUACAAUAUUAUCGAGAAAAAAGAAAGGAUAUAUAAAAGUAUUAUAUAUUUAGUCGAAAUGUUUCAUGAAAGAUAGAGAGAGAGAGAAAGAGAUGAAAAAUAAAAUAAAAAAUGUGCAUUGAUUGAUUUGUCAAAUGAUGAAAGUAUUUUAUGACGAACAGAGUGUAAUCAUAAUAUUUAAGUGCAUACCUGAUGUUCAGAAAAGAAAAGCGGUUUUUUGAUAUGUUGAUUUAUAUAAAGAAUUGGAUCUGCAAAUUUUGUGUCUCGCAAAAAAAAGCCUGAAAAAAUUUUAAUAAACAAACUCGGCCUAUGUAAAGGUGAAAUUCUCAAAAUUCGAUCAGUUCAGUUUUUGCGUAAUAAAUCGAGUAAUAGAAGAACGAGAAAAGACAAGAAUUUCAAGAACAAGCGAAAAAAAAAAUUAACAAAUAGUUUUCUCUGUGCGUGGUUUCUGUAAUAUAAUAAACAAUAUAAAUAAGCAUUAUAAAUUUUGAGGCAUUUUGAGAUUGUGUUAUUACAAGCGGCGAGGCAAAUGAUUUCAGAAUUUCUAGUUCAUAAAAACAAAUCAUGAUUAAAAAAAAAACUAAAAAAACAAGCAAAAAGAAAACAAAAUAAAUAAAAACUCUACGAAGUA